AUACGAGUUUUGAACAGUCGCGCGAAAGUACAAACAAAGAAAAUUCACAUGUUCAGUAUAGUAAGGGUCCUUUCCUAACAAAACAGAUCGGAAAGUGUUGAACGACGAGUCAUGAUUGGCUGCCGAAAUCUUUUCGUCCAAUAGUCUUAGAGAAAUCGGUUCUAAUGCGAAGUUAAUGAGGAGGACCUGUUGCUAGUCCUUUGUUAGCCAUGCUAUGGCUCUAGCUACAAAGUAACAGUUACGUUGCGCGAUUUAAAAACAUUUCUGUGAGACUGACAAUUUGGAUCCGAAGAAAUUCUUCGACGCAUUAAUCAUUCGUCCUCGAGCAGUGUGACCAAAGAUGGAAAUAUCACCCAGAAAAUCAUUGAAACGUACUCAAGAACCUAUUGACGAAUGGCUACAAAGUGAAGGAUAUUUCAGGAAACAUGCACCUAGAGAUCCAACUUGUUUAUUCAGAGCAGUUAGCGAACAAGUCUACAUGACGCAGCAUUAUCAUAUAAGAGUUAGAAAAGAAUGUGUAGAAUUCAUGAAAAAAAUGAAACACUUAUUCACAGAGAAUAUAUUAAUUCCAUUCGAGGAUUAUUUGGAACAAAUGGCGUGUUUUACGGAAUGGGGUGGUAUGACUGAGAUCCAAGCUAUGUCGUUACUUUAUAAACGAGAAUUUAUUAUUUUCAAUGGACAAAAGCAAGCUGGUCAAAAUGUUACAAAUAAUGGUUUUAAAGAUGUGAUAUACUUGUGCCAUACGCCACAAAAACAGUAUGAAAGUAUUUAUACAAAAGACUUUGUUGGAAAUGCUGCUUUCUGUCAGUCUAUUGUUUAUCAAGUAUUAUAUAAAGACGUGUUUAAAAUGGCUAACAUAGAGACAACAGUCCAUAAAAUGUUACAUGAUAGAUCAGCUACAUUUAGACACGAUAAGUUUUUCCUUAAAGACAAUCUAGAAAUUAGAGAUCAAUUGGCUGCAGAGAUAUAUAACAAGAUUGACAGUGGGACUGAGGAGGUUGAUGAUACACAAAUUGUUGUAAAGAACAUACCACCUUUCCCUUAUAGAAUUGCCAAAGCUCUUGAUCCUAAUAUCUAUCGUAAUACUGACUUUGAUAUAUGGCACGAAAUUAGACGAGAGGUGAAAAAUGCAGGAUGGACUAGGCACAAUAGUCAUGAACUCCAAAUUGGUGGCAAAUGUUUAGUACAAGUGGACUUUAAUGAGGAAGAGUUUGACAAAACCAAUAAUAAUAACGUUUACGUGUCAUCUCUUGAGAAGGAUUCCAAUGACAAUGAUAUAAAAUUAUUGCAAAAGAAAAGCAAUGAUUCGGUAUUUUAUUAUGGCCAUAUUCAAGAAAUGAGUAAAAAUCAAGGACCCGUGUUAGUUUUUAUUGAAGAGUUAGGAGAGAAGAGAAUUGUGCCAUAUUCAGCUCUUAAGCCGUUGCCCCCCAAAAAAAAUAAACAAGCCAAUUGGUUGCCGAUUUGCAAAAAGAAUCUACUCUUAGAUUCAAAUCAAAAAUGGAAAAAAGCAUGUGGAACAUCAUCUCGCAAAGUCAAAGACUCUGCUAAUAUGAAUAUUUUAUCAAGUAAUAUUGAUAAAAGUGAAAGCAAUGGUAAUAUUGUCAAUGACAUUAGCGGGAAUAAUUUUCAAUGGAAAGAAGUAUCAUUGAAAAUGGAUCAUCAAGAAUAUGAAAAUUAUUCAAUGGAUAAAUGUUCCAAUUAUUCAAUUGAUAAUUCUGUUGAAAUGUUUCCUUCAAGAAUGAUUCUUGAUAACACUCAGUCCUCUACAAUGGAUAUUGGGAGGCAAGAAAAUAAUAAAGAACGUAAAGAAAAAAGUUCGUUCUCACACAAAAACCCUGAAAAUAAUUUUAUUAGAAAUUCGAAGUCGGAUAGUCCAAUGAAAAAUGAUAAUAAUGCCGCUUCAUAUUCAAAACAGAGAGCGCAGAAAGAAAUAUAUUAUUCACCAUAUGCUGGAGAUUCUAAUGCCCAAAUAGACAUGCGUUCUAUUAAUUGCUCUGUGCAAAAGAGUAUUGAUGUAAAUGGCAGUGAUUUACCACUCUCAGGUAAUAAUACGAAUUGCUUUUGUAUAUAUGACUUGAUAAUGAAAUUUAUAAAUAAUCCUUUUUACAUCCCUGUAGAUCCAUUCACUUUGAGAUUUUUUUACAAUUUAGGAUUGGAGUAUUUUCGUGGUGGUGCCAAUUGGAAUUAUUUAACAAAUGGACAGUCGCCCAAUUUUGGACAGUGGUAUCAAGGAGCAUCUCCAAAUGAAGAAGAAAUUACAAACAUCACGCAUAACAUGAUCCAAGAUUGUACGCUAACGCAACAAAAAAAGGAACCAAACAGCGACCAGAACGAGGUUGGGGUGCAAUUACUGCCCCAGGAAAAUGGAGACAAAUAUGCGAAUGAUACCAAAAACGUGCAGAUUCAAAAGACCGAAGUUCAAAAAGGGAAUGACGGGAAAGAAACGUCUUCGUAUUCAUCCCGUGACAAUAAAUUGGAAUCUGCAAACAAGGAAUCUUCCCGUUUCAGUAGAAAUGGGUUAGGUCCACGUUUUAAGAAGAAUUCUGAGAAUCGAUAUCGAUCCUCCUCGCAUUUUGCCAACCAGUACUUGAGCAACGGAUCGAGUUCUAAACUCUCCAAGUUGGAGAGAGAUACGAAAGAAAAUACCAUGAACGUUCAGUCUCCACAUUCGAUGCAUCAGCAGUUACACGCACCUGCGAAUGCAAUGAACGCUUACCAAGCGUCGUACAUGCAACAAGGCAUGUAUCCCGGGCUGCCGUACUACGGCAACGAGACAGAUGCAUUUGCAAACCCUUACUAUUCUCUCAAUCCAGGUUUCAUACCGAUCCCGUGUUUACCGCAUUCCGAUAUAUACGACAGCAACAACAUGCAAUCCUUCUCGCCGCAUCUAUGUCCCGGAAUGGAUUAUACGCAGGCUUACUCCGCGGGCGUAUGUCCGCCGUACUUGUGUCCCCCACCAACUCCGUUCAACAUGCCGCCGCAAAAUGUACCCGAACACUGGUACGCUGUUGCUGGUCAACCACACUACAUGCAAUACACACCGGUGUUGUCCGUGCCGACGGAGACGCCUUGCAACGGGGUAGCACAAAACGCUAAUCAAAAUGCCUCGUCUUAAAAAAAUGAGUUCGCUAAGUUGUUACUUACACAUUCCGUAAAGUUCCUACUACUUUUAUAUAAUUCAUAGUUGGAUAUUGAAGUGAGACAGAUCAUUGCGUAACCACAACAGGUCAUUUUUAAUUGUAUAACCAAAAUACCAUUAACAUGAAUGGAUAUAUAAAGAUAUAUUACAGAAGAAAAACAUUGUAAACGUAAAUAUCGUAUUCUAUCGUAUUAGAGAAUUAGAAUUACAAAUUAAAAAGUACAAAAGUUGAAUAUCUAAGGUAGGUUUUGUAACGACUCUCGCAUUAAGCUAACAAAAGUAUAAAUUAUUUAUCCUUGAUGUAAGUAGCUCGAUACCUGUAUAAUUUCAUUUCAUUUGUUACUGUACACGAAUCACUUAAAGCAACAGACAGCUUUCUGAAAUUUAUACAGGGUAAUACACACACAGUCUUCAGGUUUAAUUAAUAUAUAUAUAUAUAUAUAUAUUUACUCGUUCGUUUUUCACUUGUUCAAUAUUUUCUCCUAAUAAAAAAAAGCAAUGCAGAAACGAAACAUCCAUCUUCUUACCCGUGUGAAAAUAAA